AUGGCCACAAUGGACAAGGUGUUUGCUGGCUACACUAGCCGUGAAAAUAUCCUGGACAAGAGCAGCAACCCGUUUGCAAGAGGGAUCGCCUGGAUCGAAGGAGAACUUGUUCCUCUGGCCGAAGCUCGCAUCCCGUUGCUCGACCAAGGGUUUAUGCAUAGCGACCUCACGUACGACGUCCCGUCGGUCUGGGAUGGCCGAUUCUUUCGGCUUGACGACCAUAUGGAUCGACUCGAAGCUAGCUGCGCCAAAAUGCGGCUUAUGUUGCCUAUGCCACGUGAGCAGGUGAAAGAUAUUCUAGUUGACAUGGUGGCCAAAUCCGAAAUCAGGGACGCUUUCGUCGAACUGAUCGUUACGCGUGGUCUGAAGGGCGUCCGCGGCCACACACCGGGCGAAGUCUUCAAAAAUAAUCUCUAUAUGUUUGUUCAACCUUAUGUCUGGGUAAUGGGCCCCGACGUCCAACGAGUUGGAGGCGCUGCAGUGGUUACCCGAACGGUGCGACGUAUUCCUCCUGGAGCUAUCGACCCUACGGUGAAGAACUUACAAUGGGGAGAUCUCACUCGCGCUCUCUUUGAGGCGGCGGACCGGGGCGCUACUUAUCCAUUCCUCACGGAUGGAGAUACCAGCUCGACCGAGGGUUCCGGGUUCAACAUCGUCUUGGUCAAGGAUGGGGUCCUCUAUACUCCAGAGCGUGGCGUUCUGCAUGGCGUGACGCGGAGAUGUGUGAUCGAGGUGGCACGGUCUCUGGGGUUCGAGGUCAGGAUCGAGGUUGUCCCUGUUCAACUCGCCUAUCAGGCUGAUGAGGUGUUUAUGUGCACGACCGCUGGAGGUAUCAUGCCCAUCACACAACUUGACGGACAGCCCAUACAGGAUGGCAAGCUCGGCCCGAUCACAAAGAAGAUCUGGGACGGGUAUUGGACCAUUCACUACGACCCAGCGCACAGUUUCGAGAUUCAAUAUGACGGUGCCCGGCAAAAUGGAGCGCCGAAACAUGGCCAAGUGAACGGAGUCAAUGGACAUUCCUAA